AUGAACGUUUUACUCCUUGCCGGUGGCAGGGUCCGCAAUCAACUGAAUGUGCCCAAGAAGCCGACGACACGCAAGAAUUCUUUUCCGGCGGAAUACGCCAACAUCCUGCCCCCGUCCCAGAGGUUCGUGCUCGGGCAACUAUGGACGACAUAUAAAGAAGCCCCAGCCUCGUCCGAGGUGUUAUCAUCGCUCCUCUCAAUUGGCAGCGACUACCAGCUCGCCGACGGCUCUAAAUUUGUCUACAGCGGCUUCUCUGUUAGUGAAAUAAGGGCCCUAGGUGACUUUCCAGACUACGCCAAGCUAUCGGGCGUACCAUUACCCACGCCGGUGCCUGACUUCAAAGUUGAUGCUGCGUUCCCUCGGCCAUAUAGGCCUUUUCGAUGGAACUACCACCAAACCAUGGAUUAUUGGCUUGAGUUAGAGAGUACAUACCGUCAACGAGUCCUACAACGCCAAGAGCUUUACGCAAAACAUGGUCAAGAUGUGUUGAGGGCUCUACCCGGGUCUGAGCUCGCCUGCAAGGAGCUGAUGGAGAUGGUCCUUCAAUUUCUAUGCACACGUUACCCACACCUAUUUCAAGUGAAGGACAAGAGGACCUUGGUCAACAACAUUCUAGGAACCACACACGAUCUGACAAAAUCUGAGCCAUUGCAUGUACUUCUAAACAAUGUGCCCGAAGAUUUUGCGCUUGUUCUCCGGGAUGAGAAAACAGGACGCUAUGUUUUCAGGGCAGGCAUUAUUUGCUCGUCCGUAGGGUGGCACCUUGGGCACAAGAUUGGACUAGAUAUGGCUUCUAUCCACGCCCCGGUACCUGAUUUCAAGGAGAAGCUCGCCUUUAGCCUGGACCGGUUCUUUACCAAGAUGCAGACAUCUCAACCAAUCCAGCGGGGCUCUUGGGGUCUCGAAGUGGGACAGCCCCUGUUUCUCCCCGCGGAGCAUCCUCAGUUUGUUCAUAGGAACAACCAGAAUGCAAACCUACGCGCCGAAGACAUCAAUCUGCGCGUUGACUGGCAGACACUUCGACGCCUACCGCUCUCCGGUGCCAUCGUGUUCAACUUUCGCGCUUUGUUCACCCCACUCCCGGAGUUUCGUGACGAGCCGUACGUGCCGUCUCUACUCCUCAAGAUUCUGGAUGAGGGCAAGAGAAAUCUGAUGGAUUACAAGGGGACAUGGCAUGUUGAACACAUUGCUAAGCCUGCAUUGCACGAGUACGAGAAAUUCCAGGUUUCCCAAGGGCUUGUGGAGCCAGAGUGGGAGCCACGGACCUUGGAUGAGACACCGUUUUACCCUGGCUGGAAGGAGAAGUGGACCACGACGGGAUUGGUGGAUACGCGUCGAUGCAAAUCAUGA